AUGUUACCAGAAGGCCUAGAUCAACAGCCCAUUAACAAUAUUGUUAACCACAUAUCCUUAAUGGGCUUCAAUUGUGUUCGUCUUACAUGGGCUACUUAUAUGUUCACUCGAUAUUCAAAUCUUACUGUGGCCCAAUCUUUUGUUAACAAUGGUCUUCAUGAUGCUCUAUCAGGAAUAGCCCAAAAGAAUCCACAACUUUUGGGCCUUACUGUUUUUAAAGCCCAAAGGGCUGUGAUUGAAGAGAUGGGCCGUCAUGGUAUUAUGUCUGUUCUUGAUAAUCAUCUUAGUAAGCCCAUGUGGUGUUGUGGGAAUCAUGAUGGGAAUGGAUUUUGGGGAGAUGAGGAUUUUCAACCUAAAGAAUGGUUAAAAGGGUUGGAUAUUGUUGCUAAAAAAUACAAGGAUUUACCAAUGGUUAUUGGCAUAAGUCUACGUAACGAGCUACGUGGUCCACUUCAAAACCAAAGUGUAUGGUACAAAAAUGUCAAGAAAGGUGCAAAAACAAUUCAUAAAGCUAACCCUAAUCUUCUAAUAAUCAUAUCAGGAUUAAAUUACGAUAUCGAUUUUACCUUUCUAAAACGAAAGCCUUUGAACUUAUUAAACAUGAGAAAUAAAAUCGUAUAUGAGAUUCAUCGCUACGCGUUUACCGAGGGACAAGCUAAUUGGUUCUUAACUCAACCACUAAACAAGGUUUGUGAUACAAUUAAGAAAGAGAUUAUGAAUAAAUCAGGAUUUUUACUUAAGGGUAAAAAUGCAGCACCUUUAUUUGUUAGUGAAUUUGGAGCUGACCAAAAGGGAAUGAACCCUUCUGGCAAUUUGUUUAUGGGUUGCUUGCUCACAUUCUUAGUGGACUUGGAUUUGGAUUGGGCCGUUUGGGCCUUGCAAGGUAAUUAUUAUACCCGACAAGGUAAACCGGGUAUGGAUGAACCGUUUGGGAUGUUGAAUAAUACAUGGAAUUCUCUUAGAAGUCCUCAAUAUCGUGCAAAAUUGCAACUUAUUCAACAAAAACCCCAAGAUCCAAAAUCAAAGAAACCAAAAUACUACUUAUUAUUCCAUCCACAAAGUGGCAAGUGCUUGAAUGUUGCAACCAACAAUGUAGUACAAGCAAGUAGUUGCAUCGGAGCUAGCCGGUGGAUCUACCACGGAGACGGAACGCCGAUCCGAUUAAGGGGAACUUCUUCAUGUUUAACAACAUCAAGGGAGGGCAUGCCUUUGACACUCUCAAAAGAUUGCAAUAAUAAUGAAAAAAGUAGAUGGAAACUUGCUUCAAAUUAUCAACUUUCAAAUAUUGAUGAGAAUGAGAAAGAGUUGUGUUUGGAUUUUGACACUAAUUCUUCUUCUAACAAAGUUUUGGUUAGGAAAUGUGUUGGCUUAGAUGGAAAAAGUAUUGAUAACCCUCAAUCUCAAUGGUUCAAGCUUGUCUCAACCAAUGAUUACUAG